AUGGACACUCCAGAUUAUGGGAUUGCAGCAAUGAGAAGAGGAAGCUACGAUGAUGCUGCAGCUUCCCUGCGUCCUGUGAGUAUCGAUCCACCAUUCAAAGGCAAAGGUGAAAAAGAUCCUGCUGGCGACGACCUCUGGCACCUCAGACACUUGGCUCAGAGACGACGCUCUGCCCCAUCACUGGUCUUUGGGAAGGCUUUGGGGAUGCCAUGGUCUCCUAUCAGGGAGGAGGCUUCCUACUGGGUGUCUGUGGAGCAGAGUCCAUUUGUCCUUGGCCUCACCAGCGAGAACGGAGAGCUGCUGCUGGACGAGUGUGUUCAGGUCACCGAGGGCUCGAAGACUAGGGAGAGACACCUCUUCCUUUUCAGCGAUGUCAUUGUCUUCGCCAAACUCAAGUCGACUGCCAGCUACCGUCUGAAGCACAGAGUGAGCCUGGAGGACGUCUGGCUUUACGGUUUUGAGGAUGAGGUGGAGGAGGAUGAGGGAACGACGGGGGAUAUUGAUCUCAGGGUGACCAUCGUCUUGGCCUGGGCUCACACUUUUUGUUUGGUGUGUUUUCGGUGAGCAGUCACGUAGGAGAUGACUCACAUACUAACAGGAGUGUGUUAAGUACUUUGAUUAUGUUUUGUGCUUAUGCCCCUGGGUACACACUCAGGAAUGAUCAUGCAUAUUUGCUCUUAAUGGGAAUCCUUGACCCUAAAAUCUAAAUUAAGCUCUUGAA